AUGGCCUUUUCCUGUCGCCCGCAUUCUUCGGAAGGUGAGGAUUUCGGUUAUCUUUUUGUGGUGCUUCUACAGUCUGCUCAUAUUUUUAAUGUCGAGAUUUCCCUAAAGCUCCGCCCUUAAUGCUGAGAUGAGCCAAUCCGAGGGCCACAAGGAACUUUGAAUGACGUCAUUGGGCUCGACAUUCCAAAUCUGAACACAAAAAUGCAAUUAUGUCCAUGAACGAAAUAGUUUUCAAUUAGGCACAUUCGCUUUUCGGCGUUGAUGCAUUUUCAAAAUACAAAGGUGAAUUGAGAAGUCUAUACAAAUUGAUACCGGGUAGCAACUUUUGAAUAAGUCAAUCGGCGUAUGGUAAUCGGUGGUCGUUUGUAUGCUACCGGGUUCUAUCUCUAUGGUACCUGGGUCGGAGGUCGAUGCAGUAGCUACCGGGUAGCUACAUGACAUUCGCGAUUUCUUUCGAAAAGUCUGGAAUUGCUUCCCGGGUCGUUAUUUUUUGUUUCAGCUUCAUCCAAUAAGACCCUGGAAGGCUUGGAACGGUGUAAAAAAAAACCGUCCAAUUUCAAAUUGUAAAAUCUUUCAGUUUUGAUGAUUCAUUUUCAGUCGCCUGUUGUGGACUCGAAAAGUCGCGAGCUUCUGUUGAAGCCAAAAAGAAGCUUUUUCUGAUGCUGUUGGUGACCGAAGACGCACCGAUGGCGAAUCUCCUGCACGCCGAAGGGCUCAACUACUUCUACAGUUCGUGUUUCCUCUUUCGUGACACUCUUCGACAUUCAUUGAAAUAAACAACAAAUUCCGCAGUCCAAGACUCGAAUAAAUGACAAGUAUCAGAUUUCAACACUCUAUUUUUUUGUCUUUCAAUCUUUAAUUCUUUAUCUAGUGGAUCAUACGUUUGUUUGACGACAUUUGACUAAAUGAGAUCAUUUUUCCAGACAUGCGCUUCGAAAAACGGGAGAAGACUCGAAGGAUAAGAGUUUGAAGGACAACCAUUCGAAGGAAAAAAACAAAGCGAAGACGGCCUAGAAGAUGGGAUCGGGAAUUUUUCUUCUUAAUCUCUUUCAAACCUUUUUUUAAUAGAUAAAUUUUUUUCACUUUUUUUCAAGCUUUGAUUUUUUUGGGAAAAUUUUUUUCGGGCAUUAUCAAAAUUACUUCCUCCCUAAAUUCUCGAUUUUUUUGAGAGCUACUGGGUAGAUACUUCAAGGGUUGUACUCUUCUCGAAUACUAUCUCUAUGUUACCUGGAUACUAUGGCUAUUCCUCCUGAAAUUGGCGUUUUCUACCAGGCAAACUGACGUGUUCUACCGGGUGGUUGUCUCAUCAUCAUCAUCAUCAUCAUCAUUUAUUCAAUACGAAUAAUAAUACAGUUCAAGGGCCGAAAAAGACCUCUAACAGAACCAAUUUUUCAAAAAAAGGGAAAGUUAAACAUUGAAAACAGCAACAAACCGUUUAAAAAUUAGAAGAUAUUUUAAGAAAGUCAGGUCUUUUUUCGGAGUAGGCUAAUAAGGUCUCGAAACGGUUGAAAAAGAGAAAAAAACCUAGUAGCGAACUCAAUUGUCAGGUAGAAUCCUCACUAAAGUCAUCAAAAAGCUUCGAAAAUUUUUGGAAUACUUCGCCGUUAUUCACGAUCCUCAUAUAGUCUGUUCAGGUUUUUUUGAAUGUCAAGUCGUCGCUCAAGCUCCGCCCAUAAUGGUGCGAUAAACCAAUCAGAGAGCGAGCCAUCCACAGAGCGUUUUUGAAUGACGUCAUUGCACUUGACAUUAAAAAUCUGAACAGACUAUACUCCAUUAGGAAUACCGAAAAAAAAUUUUAGCUCAGAAAAUUCGGAUUAGCGGACCCGACGUGUGUACUUUCAGAUAUCACGAAUUUUCUUGAUCAUCCAUGGAAAAAGUGUAUAGCUAUUAAAAUAUUGUGAGUCCUCGGCUUGGCCAUGCCGGGACCCCAUCGGUAGUUUCGAUGUGGUCGAAUAUAGACUGAUUAUAUUGAAAUAACUUCAUUAGUCGAAUAGAAAAUAUUAUAUAAUCAAAUUGACCUCAGGCCGGGAGGAUUUCGACCCAGUUGAAAGUCGUCCCUGCCUUGUACAGGUAGGGGGCGGUCUUCCCCUGCGUCUCUGGCCUCUGCCAGGGGAAUUACUUCACAAUAUAACCAAAAAUUGAAUUUGAAAAUUUUUUCAAAUAGAAAUACAUCUGUUGUUGGCAGUGUGCUCUAUCGAAUCCUCGUAGAUUUUGAUUUAUACGUAAUCUCGAACUUUUUGGCUUCAGUUUUCGCAGCUAUUUAAUGGGUUUACUUUUCAGAUUUCUAUCCUAAAACCUUUUUAAAUUUGGGGUUUAAUAGUCUCAUGUGAUUAGAAUUGUCGACAAUGCGCCUUUCUACAGUUCCGAAGUAGUCUGAAUCAUUUUAUCAUUGCGGAGUAGAAAAGAAAAUUGAACUUGAGAACAACCGAGAUCCCAAAGUUUAAGAAAAUGACGAGUGGGAGAAAAUUCAACGCGACGAGUUGAGUCCACGAACAGUUUAUUCCUAUCUUCUAUCUCAAGCGAAUGAAGAACGUCUUGGAAAAGGCCACCCGUCUCGUGGGAAGAAGGCGAUCGAAAGAAGAGCCGCAGGUAUUACUUCAACUAUUUUCUUGUGAACCCAAAGGGGCAGGACAUGAAGUAGCGAAGUUAAAAGUCAUUCUUGUUAAGGGACACUUUGAAUCUUCCAUGAAAGCAUCUUUGUGUGGUUUGAGAUACUCGAAUGUUCCCUAAAGACGCCACUUUGCUACUUCUUGCCUAAACGACUCAGCUCUCAGCUUGUUUUUAAGCACCAAAUACUUAAGUGACCCCUUAGAACAUUUAUUUGGCUCAUUGGUAGUCUUGUGAGUUGAAAGGCUCAGAGGUGAUCGAUCUUGAAUCAACUUCACAAUGACAGUGAAGACGGAAAUUCUGAUAGUUAUCUGAAACAUAGCUCAGAGCUGCAUUAUAGAGUCCUGAAUUGAACCCAAAAAGAUAUUUUCUUCUUCUUAGUUAGCAAUUAGAUAUUACUCAUUUCGCUACAUCUCGAUUGGAAAGCGAAAAAGCAUUUUCUUUUUGUUAUUUAUGCUAAAAUCAAGAUGCAUAUAUGAAGAAUCUCAGAAAUUAGUAAAAAAAGAUGGAUUAUUGCGAAACUCUAGUUAUUUCGGUUCUUCCAUUUUUGAAAUUUUUUCACUGUAAUCGGCGGAAUUUACAGAGGAGGCAUUUUCGUCUUCAUCUGUGGGUCCCGUGGUUUUCGUAUCGAGGUGAGUUGAAUCCCUUCACAUUGAGAGAAGUAUUGAAUACUUUCAGGAAUUGUCCAAGUGA